AUGGCGACGAGACUCACAGAGGCGGAAAAAGGCAAGCAACAGAUAACAGAGACAAGCAGAAACAAGACCCUACGAAUCAAGGCUCCUAACUUCGACAACUCAGCACUGAUUGAAGCAAACAAACUCACCCUCAUAGGGCGACUGACAAACCCAAGGGAACAGAAGAUGUGGGCACUACUUCCUUCUCUACCAAGAAAAUGGAACUUACUGGGUAAAGCGGUGGGAUCUGACCUGGGAAAUAACUGUUUCCAGUACCGUUUUGAGAGAGAGGAAGAUCUAAGGCGUGUUCUAAACAACAGACCUUACCACUUCGCCUAUUGGAUGGUGAUACUCCAAAGAUGGGAGCCAAUAAUCUCGAACUCCUUCCCCUCCCAGAUUCCUUUCUGGAUCAGAGUCAAAGGACUUCCACUCCACUAUUGGCACGCAGACAUGCUGGAUCGAGUUGGACGUGAACUGGGCACCAUUGACAACCAUGAGCUGACAAGAACAACUACAAGAUUAAGGGUAUUCGUGGACGGGCUCAAACCACUCAUCAAAGAAUCUAUUGUGGAAUACGACUCGGGGGAAGAAUGCUUAGUUACCUUCGAGUACGAGAGACUGGAACUUCACUGCUCUAUCUGCUACUCUCUGCUACACUCGAAGGAUCACUGCCCUGAGAAAGAGACUGCGAGGCCCGAUACCCCUCAUCUACCGAACCUACGGACGGAGAGAGAACUCGAAGGACAACGAUACAUUAUUCCAAGCAACCGGUCACUCUCCAGAAACUCAACAGGCCAAGACAUCACAAGAAACUCGCAAAAGCAGACAAGAGACUCCCCCGGGAGGACUGGAAAAGUCAGUGAGCUCGGUCACAAGCAUCACGCUUUUGAAGUUAGACUGGACAGACAUGGAAAUCCCUUUGGUAACAGAGUUAGCACGAAGCAAACACGCAACCCACCACCUGAAAACGCGACUCUCCCAAAGGCCAACUCAACACUCGCCUGGAGGGAAAAGCCAGCGCAGGAGCAAACCCAAGACUACACAUCUCCUCCAUACACAAAAAACAGAAGCCCAAAUGGUAGAUCAGGAUACCGCAACAGAGACCUCUUCCCUCAACAACCCUCAGGAUACUGGAAACCUCGAACUACCAAUCCAAAUGGGGAAGCAACUAGUAAAGCUCCUGUUCAAAAGGUGCCAACAACCUAUGAGAUAAGCCCCCCGGGGAAAACUACCCUACGAGUGGAAGAGUCAAGCGUACCUACAAUGGAGGAGGUGAUGGAAGAACUACACGAUGUUACUAGACAGUAUCUAAGCUGCCCCGACCCAGUAGAAGCGGCUGCCAGGCGCCAAAGGGUUCAAAUUGGAGAUGCAGCGGGUCAAAUGGAAGAAACAGCUUCAGCUAUUAUUGCAGCAGCUACACGUCGCCAGCAGAAACAAGCCUUGCUUUCGUGGGAGAGAGAGGUUGAUAAUGAUCCGGUCACCCCUCCUCCUUUGCAGACUGACCAACUACAAGAUAUCCUACUUCCAGAUCCCUCAGUUCUCUUCUCUCCUUCCUCGAGAGUACCGAAGGAAAGAGAACACGUAGCGGAUCACAGAAAGGAAGCCUCCCGCGAAGACCAAAGUGCACCAACUGAGAUGGGUCCUGCAAAGCUUAAAUCAAUAGUUGUUAGCCCCCUGUCAGAAAAGGAAGCAGAUCAAUCACAAAAGCACAAGGAAAAAAACGCCUGUAUUGCAGAGGUGGAGAAUCUCAAAGAGCCUCAGGCUAAAACCCAACAACAAAAAGCUCCCAGUGUAUCUAAAACGAGAUCCCCUAGAUAUUCCCCUAAUAUACUUAGUGGGGUAAGCUCAAAGAAAAGGAAGCUCUCUCAGUUUCAAUACUCACCAGGAGGAGGAGCAAGAAACGCUUCAGGUCAGACUUCACAACGACGCAAGAAAACAGCUACCUCAGAUAAUGCUGUGGGUGCGGCUCUCCAACCAACCAACCCACCCAUCCAGCUGAUACCAGCAACCUCCAAGAGGAAGUCGGAUUUUCGGGUUCCUCCACCCCCGGGUCCUUAG